GGCAGUAAAGAUCACAACAUAAUAGCUAAAAUAAAAUAGAAAAUAAAAAAUAUAAUAGACGAGCUCUGUUGCAAUUCGAUCUGCUCAGUCGGUUGGCAGCGGAGAAGGAAAAGAACAAAAAAGAAAGGAAAAAAACCCUAAUGCUCUUUCCCGACGAAACCCGAUGAGUAUACAUCCCCUUUGUCAUGGCUCUAGGUUAUAUAUAUAUAUAUCUCCCGCAUCACCCUCCCCAUUCCUCUUCUCUGAGAAACCCCUCCUUGGCCCCUGGAGAUGAACCACCUUGUACCCGAGUUCGAGCUCGACGUGGACGAUCCAUUCCUCGUCUCCUCCUUCGUCCCCGCCCCCCACCGCUGCAAGAUCUCCGAAUCCGCCCUGGUUUUGUAGAGCUGAGAGCGAGUUGCUGGAGUUGAUAUGGCGGAAUGGGCCGGUGGCCCAGCCGGUGCACGGCGAUUGGAUCCGGGGCCUCUCGCCGCCGCCGCCGGAGAGUCCGGGCUCGGCGGCGCUCUCCGGGCGCGCGGACGCGGGGUUGGUGGUGGACGUGGCGAGCCAGCUAUUCAUGGAGGAGGACGAGAUGGCGUCGUGGCUCCAUUACCAGAUCGGGGGAGGCGGAGGAGGCGAUCUGUUCUUCGGUUCCUCGCCGCAGGAUAUCGGGAACGACGGGCGCGCCGCGGCGGCGGCGGCGGCGGCGGCGGCGGCGUCUACCGCGGCGGCGGAGAGGCUCGUGGCGGCGCCGAAGGAGUCGGCGGUGGGAUCCAACGAGGUAUCGGUUGUGGAGGUGUGCGAUCCGUACGGGGUUGGGACAGGAGGAGGUGGUGGAUCUCCGCGUGCGUGCGAGCAGGCGUUGAGCUCGUCGUCGGAGGCGAGCAGUGAGCGCCGGGGGAUGGCGCAUGCGGACGAGCGGAAGCGGAAGGCGCGAGAGGGGGGCGGCGGCUCCGGAUGUCACAGUGAGAAGGAUACGGAAUUUAGAACUUUGGAGAAAAGGAAAGACGCUCGCCGAUCUGCUGCUGGAAGAAGAUCUCGUGCCGCUGAGGUCCACAAUCUCUCUGAGCGGAGGCGUAGGGAUAGGAUCAAUGAGAAGAUGAAGGCCUUGCAAGAACUUAUACCAAGAUGCAACAAGUCAGAUAAAGCUUCAAUGUUGGAUGAAGCCAUCGGAUACCUUAAGUCACUUCAGUCACAAAUCCAGAUGAUGUCUGCAGGAUGCAGCAUUAACCCUGCUAUGUUUCCUGGUGUCCAACCAUACAUGCCACCAAUGGGCAUGGGUAUGGGCAUGGGCAUGGGUAUGGGCAUGGGAAUGCAUAUGGGGAUGAACAUGGCUCCAGGAAUGACAAUUGGUGCAGAAGUAGGUGGUGGGGGCCUAAGGCCUCCUAUGCUCCCAUUUGGUCCCCUAUUGCCAUGUGCUUCUAUUGCUAGUCCUGCUCGACCUCUGCCCAUAAUGCCAUCCAUCCAUCCACCAAAUGUUGUCAAUGUGAACCAGUUUCGAGUUCAAGCAGCCAGUCAGCAAGCACUGGCAUCUAACAUGCAGAGUCAAUACAUGGUUCAAAUUCCUCAUGUUGGUGAUCCUUAUCACGGUUUUGUUCCAGUUAACCCCUUUCAAGUAUCAUCUCAGAACGGAGUAGUGGAGAAACCAGAAGCCAACAAGCAAGCUGGCAACAAUGAAAACAUUCCCCAUGGUUGAAAUGUAGGAACUUGUGGAAGUAAAACUGAAGGAAGUACCCUGAAAUGGAUGGCAUGGCCUGCUAAUUUUUGUAGAGUAGAUGAAGAGAAAUUACCUUUUCGCGGAUACAAAUAGUAAGUUUAUCUCCAAACCUUUUGUACUACUGUAAUAUCUAUAGUACAAUAAAAUAUGCUCUCUCUCUCUCUCUCUCUCUCUCUCUCCCCCCGGUGCCAAUGUGAUGUGUUUCUUCGUCAGAUAAAAGUAAUUACAGUGUUUGAAGUUUCACUUUUGAAUAUAACAUAUUUGCUUUUCUUUGUUGAUCAUUA